ACAUAUGGACAUUACACCUACUAUAAACCAACUUUAAAAUUCAUCCAGUAUGCAGAAAUAAGAUACUUCAGUAGUCUGAAAUAGAAAAGCGAAACAUGGAGCAUUCAUUCUACCGACGAUUGUCCUCUGUUGAAGGCCUGCGGAGACCAAAUAUUCCGCAGAUAUUUAAGGCACGAAGCACAGAUGACUUGGAUGCUAGGGGAGACCCCAUUUCACGGUCGGCUGGCACAACUGGUAGCAUCAAAGUGAAGCCCAUUAAAAGGAUUUCUGUCUUGAGAUGCCCUUUCCCAAGGUUAGCAGAAUGUGCCCAUUUCCACUAUGACAGUGUGGAUUUUAAAACUAUCCAGCUGUCACUGGCUCAGGAGCAGAAUGAAUUGGUGCGCAAAGUCAAGGACAUGGUCUUUAUUGUACAAAUUUCCUGUCAGGGUAAAUCUUGGAUGGUACGGAGAAACUAUGAAGAAUUCCGAACUUUGGAUAACCACCUUCAUGUCUGCAUUUUUGAUCGCCGAUUCUCUCGCUUGACACAUCUGCCUCCAUUAGAAGAAUUAAUGGAAGGACCUGAGGAGCUUUUGAUGUUCAUUUCAGACUACCUAGAAAGGCUGACUAAUGUCGUAGAUAACAAACUCAACUGUGGUCCUAUCCUGACAUGGAUGGAGAUUGACAAUCGGGGAAACAGGCUCCUUGUGAAUGAAGAGGCUUCCAUCAAUGUCCCUGCUAUAGCAGCUGCCCAUGUGAUCAAGCGCUACACUGCUCAAGCCAGUGAUGAGUUGUCCUUUGAGGUUGGAGAUAUGGUGUCUGUAAUUGACAUGCCACCUAAAGAAGAUACAGCAUGGUGGAGAGGAAAACUUGGAUUUCAGGUUGGCUUCUUCCCCAGUGAAUGCGUGCAGUUAUUUACUGAGAGAGGUUCUCAUACAAUUUCUGCACAAGGACUUAAGACAGGAGAUACUGAGACCGGUGGAGUUAAGCCUAGUGGUUUUGGUUUCCAGCCUCCUGGAAGUUCAACUCCAACUACAGUGUCAAGGAAGCAUGGCAAGUUGAUUGGCUUUUUGCGAAACUUCAUGAAGUCACGUCCCAGCAAGCAAAAACUAAAGCAGCAAGGCAUCUUAAAGGAACGUGUCUUUGGCUGUGACCUUGGAGAACACUUGCGAAAUUCUGGAAAUGAUGUGCCACAGGUUUUGAAGAGUUGUGCUGAGUUUAUUGAGAAGCAUGGUAUUGUGGAUGGAAUCUACCGUCUCUCUGGAAUUUCUUCCAACAUCCAGAAGCUCGAUGCUGUAUGUGUUACAAAUGAUGAAGAGCGGUUAGUUUGCGUCCAUGACACUGUCCAGCAACUGCCUCCUCCCCACUACAGGACUCUGGAGUACCUUAUGAAACACCUGGCUAGGCUUGCAAGCUACAGCUCGGAGACCAAUAUGCAUAUUAAGAAUCUUGCUAUAGUAUGGGCACCCAACCUCCUCCGAUGUAAAGAUUCAAAAUCCGUCUCUGGAACCAUCUUAGCAACAACAGUUGGAGAGGACAGACAGCCUUACACCUCUAAAGGUAUUGAGACCAUGGGACUACCUGGCUCAGAUGCUUUCAAAGAAGUACGGAUCCAAUCUCUGGUGGUUGAGUUUCUCAUCAGUAAUGCAGGUGUUCUUUUUAGUGACCGGUUUAUCUCUGUUGGCAAGGAUAACCCAGGUCGUCCAGUUCUCACAAGGCCAAAAUCUUUCAUUGCAUCCUCUCAGUCAGCAAAGCUUUUGUCUCUAGAAGAAGCCCAAGCACGGACCCAGGCACAGAUUCUUCCAGCUGGCUAUAACCAGAAUAAGCUUCUUGCCUUGGAGGGUGAAUCUCAGCCACUCACUGGAAAGUACCACACUAUUAUUGAUUUGCCUGCUGAAAGAAAGAAAACUGGGAGCAAAGUGAGAAAAUCUGCAGGGGGAAGUUGGAGAGCUUUCUUUGCCCUUGGUAAAUCCACAUCAGUUGCCCGUAGAAAGAGUACAGUAGGGGAUGUCUUCAGCAUCACAGAGCGAAAUUCAGGGACAAGGACAGAAUCUAUGACAUUACGAUCUGCCAAAAGUGAAGAAUCGCUUUGCUCACAGACCAAUGGAGCAGGCAUACAGAAAUUGCAACGUAUUCGCCGCCCUCGAUCCAGCAGUGAUGCACUUUCUGUUUCCUUGGAAUCUGAACAUCUUUCUGGUAUUAAGCAGUGUAGAUCCUGUGACAGUGUACAUACAGAUGACCAAGAUGAAAUAUAUAUGGUUCCCGAUUUUUCACGUGAUCCUUCUGCUUGGCUGAAUGAAGUUGAGAUGGACCUUAGCCCGCCAUUCAUGGAAGAGACAUGCUUAGAUUUUGAUCCGAUUUCUUUCCAGUGCAGUCAUUCAAAGCCUGUUACUGAAGACUCUGAUUCUUCAUUCGGUCAGUCAGAGGUACUUUUGUCUCCACCCAUUAGUCCUGAUGCAAAACCAUUAGUAGAGGGUUUUGCCUCUCAGACUGGAGAUAAAAAUGCAUGUUCUUCCUCACUUGUGAACUCACCUCAAGGAGCAGAGGCCAGUAGUCCCAUUCGAGAUAAACCUACUAAAUCAUCUUUCACUAGGAAGGUUGUACAUGCUCUUUCUACAAAGUCUCCCAAAUCUCCUGUAAUGGACAUCUCUGAUCCUGUAACGACUACAGUGCCUGCAAAGGUCCUGGAAAUGCUUGGAAGUAAAGCUGGUGAAUUACAAAGCCCCAGUUACAUGCAAGAGGGAGGAUCAAGUCAGCGUGCAAACCAGUCUCCACCUCAGAUGAUUUCCAUGCUUCUAAAAUCCUGCGACAUACAGUUGAGUGAGACUUGCCAGCAAGAGAUCAGAAGGAAGAUUUCAUUUAGUAGCACAAAGUCCAGAAAUCAUUUUCCAGCCAGCAGUUUAACAAAGCACAGCAACUCAGAUGAUCUGCUACAAAUGAAAACAGAUAUUCAAACAGAAUUUGAUCAUUCUUCAGUAAUGUCAGCCCUCAGGCUCCCAAAUCCAGUACCUCCCCCACCUCCACCAAAGGACCCAGCCAGACUGAUGGCUUUGGCCUUAGCAGAGAGUGCACAGAGAGCCAUCAGAUCAGCACAGACGUCCACUGUUUCCAAGGAAUCUCGGGAAGCAAAGAGGAAUCCUGAGUCCCGUUUUAUGCGAUCUGUCUCUCUGGACUACAAGGAACACCUUCCUUCUGCAGCUGGAUCUUUAUACUCUGUAGUGCGUCCAUUCCCAUCCAUUCAGGCAGAGAGACAUUUAUCACCAACAAAGAAGCAGCAACAUUCUGAGAAUGGAAUCUCUCUCAUGAAACAGCGGAGUAUCACAUUAGCACCACAAACCAUUGUCCAGGAGGAACAGUUGUCAGAUGUCUCCUUGGUAGAGUCUGGAACAUCAUUCUCUGAAGCCUCUAUCUGCAGUUUUUCAGAGCAGUUCCUUGAGAGAAGUGACGAAAGUACUCCACUCCAUCAAGAAAACAGACCACCGUUUAGACCACGGUUAUCUAAGGCUGCUUCGGUAACGAUGACUUGCCAGCCACAGGACAAACCUCCAGAUAAACCACCCUCGUAUCCUAAUCUUUUAGCUUCCAAGACUGAAAAUAUCAGUUCAUCCCAUUUCCUGCAUAGUGAAAUAGGACAAGGUACUAAACCCCCUCAUCAAAUGCAGUUCUAUCAUACAAGGUCUGGAAGCUUACCAGCAGCAUCAGGUAAUUUUCCACUCAAGGUCUGGCAAACAUCACAACCAAAUGUUCCACCUAGGCCUGAAGAACUGAUUUCUCCACCAAAGGUUUUAUCCUGUAGAAAUGAAGACUUCUCCAGGGGAACAGCAGAACCUACAAGAUUCUGGGUAGCUCCUAAAACGCCACCUAGUCAGCUAAGAGCUCCAUCUAUUUUUAACAUGCAGUAUCAUGGGGCAUUAGUUCCACAGGCAGGGCACCCAAGAAUAAAUGUGGAUAGAGCAGCCCACAGCAGGACUGAUGGUUACCUCCAAACUUUUCAAGCAAGACCUGAUGAUCCUACACAAAAGCAAGAAAAUUUUUAUUAUGAAAUAGUUUCAGAACCUCAGCAUUAUCAGCCUUUCUAUGGGACUACCCAUCAGACAUUAGGUAAUCAAGUCAGGUUUCAGGGUUCCUCCUCUGAGUUAAGUAGACGAGGACCAGGAUAUAUGGCUACACUGAAUGCUACAUAUGGUGUUAUUGAAAGAACUGAGAGAGAAAAUAACUUCCCAUUAAGAGUUCAGCUUUCAACAAGCAUCAAGUCUGCUUAUAACAAGGACAUCAGUGUUAACAUUCCUAAUUCUGUGUAUCAUGCAUCUAUAAACCGACCCCCCUAUCCACCUGCACUAGCCAGUGCAGCUAAUCAGCAGGCUUCGCUUGCCGGCAGAACUGUUGGCUUAAGGACUGAACCUCCUACAGACCAUAAGGAAAUGCCUUCUUUAAGAAAGACAAAUCAAACAAAGCAGUUAAAAUCUUCAGAUAAAGCCAGCAGCCAGCUUCAACCUUAUUUUGAAAAUGGGAGAGUGUUUUACAGAUCAGAAAGCAUUCCUCCUGAUGAAAGUAGAACUACACCUGAAAAUGAUUGUGGAAAUUCUCCAGCUGUUCAGUCACUGGCAGCCCAUGCACAGACCGCAGUCAGUACAGUGUUUUCACAUGCUGAAGUCAGCCAUGAGAAACCUGAACCAGUCUAUGUCAACGUUCCUUUCAUCCUCAACACUAUUAACUCUGCAGAUGCAGACAUUAAGCAUCAGUCAGUAGAGGAUAUAUUCCCAUUAUGCAACAAGGAGCUUAGCUGUCACCCAGAGAAAGCUUCUGUCAUUCAGAAGUCUGAGCAGAGCCAGCAGUCUCUAUCAAGGCAUGCAGAGGGUUCUAACCAUUUACCAGAAGCAGCUACUACUUCAGAUUAUGACAAUGUUGCAACAGCAACACAUGAACAGCUUCAGCAUCAUGGGAUUGUUCAUCUCAGGAGUAAAUCUGAUCCUGGAAACCCAGGAACUGGAGCAAGAGAGAGAGAAAACAUUCAGACUUUUCAUGAAAGUCAUGCAAAAUCAGAACUAUUACCACAAGAGGAAGGACUUGUUUUUUCAUCAUCAGAUCCACAGACAUUUUCAGCUAUGUGUGUACAACCAGAAAAGCCAGCACUUUCUCAACAACAGAAUGGUGUUCCUUACCAAGACAAGCUUCCAGAGAAGACGCAACCUGUGUGGAAUUUCAGUACAUUUGGCUCCCAUAAUCGUACUUUACAGCAACAAGAUUCCAUUAGGCGGUCACCGACUGGUGGCUGUUAUAGACAAAUGUUUGAUGUGCUGCCUUCUGGAGAUGCAAUAUUGAAGUUUUACAGGCCAUCCCAGGAUGUAGUGCAUUCAGGGUUUUAUCCAUCUCAGACUAGCUUUAGCUCUGUCCCAGCUGAUCGGGAUUAUGAAGAGCAAGUCAUGGACUGCUAUAAUAAUCCUGAAGCCAGCCUGUGCUCCAAGUUGCAGAAUACAUCUCUUGCUUCUAAUCUAAACAGAAGACCACACAGUAUUUGUAAACUGCCCCAGUCUGAACAUAAUUUGCCAUAUAGAACUGUGCACCACAGUAGCAGUGAUAACCCAUGGGGCCAGUUUCAGUACCAAGGUUUUGUCAGUGAACCAGGUUUUGUACCAGCAGCACCAUAUUAUGGGAAUGUUGAGCGCAGGGAUGUGCCUGCUGGAAUGGCUUCUGCUUCCAUACCUUCUCAUCAACAGUCUGUAAGAACUCAGCCUGGUAUUCUACGGCAAGCAUCAUUUCCUUCUGCUAACUGGACAGUUCAUUCAGAGGGACAGACUAGGAGUUAUUGCUAAGCUUUACAAACUAGUUCCUCAUCAGUAUGGGUUUGGUCCCAGACAUCCUGGCUGGACAUGAAAAUAGAUAAGACUGGCAGUAUUUCGAAAAAAAUAAAAUCUGAUGGCCCAGCAAAUGGAUGAUUAUCCAGUAGUUUCAAAAUAAAAUGACCUGUUAUUUAUGGCAACUAAAACAGAGGGGGGGAUUGAAAGAGGAGCCUUUUCUGGAGGUUUGGCAUCUCUGUCUGUGCCAUCACUACUUUACUUGUCCCUAUUUUCAUUGUAAAUAUGUUUUAUAUAGUAGUAUAUUUCUUAUGAAUGAUGUGAAGAAAUUCUGUUGGAAAUGAAGUUCAGGUUGUUCACAGACUUGCUUAGUACUGAAAGAUGGUUGAUGGAAUAAAUGGUUCCAUAUACAUACAGCCUUCUCUGUAAUGUUACUAAACAUUCCUAAAACAAAUCUUCUCAUGGAGAUUAAUUUUGUUUCUGAUCCACCAAGCCUAAUUAAUGAUGGUAACCAUCACAAAUUUUAGUAAUUUGUUUUGUAUGUUGGAUCUGAUUAUGUAAAAAGUUGUAGACUGUAGUUUCUUUACUGUAACACUUCCUGUGCAUUAAACCUUGACAUUCCAAAUAAAUCUUGCGUUCCAUAUUGCUCCUCUGAUGAGGAGUCGCAUGUACAAUGCAAUUUACCUUUUGCCUCUCAAGAAAUGCUUUUCUGUAAACACAAUGGUGCUCCAUAGGCUGCAGUGUUUUGUUAAACCAGCCUGCAAGUAUCUUGUUUCUUAUUACAUCUCUCCACAGUAAGGGUCAUCUUAAAUUGCAGACAUAUUCAACUUUUUAAUUGUAGCAUGCCAACCUUACUUUGAACACAAAAUCAAACUUGAAGCAUUCCCUGUUUGCCCCAGAUUUUCAUGUUGAUGUUCUAAAAACCAGUUGAUGUAUAUAUUUUGCUUAGUGCAGUGUAUAACAUUUUAAGCUUAACAUGUUUUUCUUAAGUUAUUUAUUAUGCUGUUGGUAUUAACUUGUUUUUGGAUUUUAUUCCUCCUUAGUAAACUGGGGCAGAUAAACA